AUUGGAACGCGUACGCUGUCAUGUGAGCUUUGUUUACUUCCGCCCGAACCUCGUCUACACGUGUAGUGAAAGUGUGUACCAAAGGCUAUGGCUGACACCACCGAGAUUAAUAAACCCUUCAGCCCAGAGGAGACCUGGAGGAUUGUGCAUCAUUUGCAGCAGCCUGCAGUUUUCCUGAACAUGACCUGCGACUGGCCUGUUCUCCACUGGACGGCAGAGCAUCUGUCAAGCUGUCUUGGUGACAGACUCAUCCGAUUCCGACUGGGGAGAAAAGAGAAGACAAAAGCUCCAGCUCCUCUUUUUGAGACCCAGUGUUCCUACGUGGAGGCCAGUGUAGCUCAGUUUCUCAGCUGGACUCAGGGUCAGUCUGGAACAGACGUGGGGCCUUUUUCUGAAUACUCCUACUCAGAGUAUUGGGCUUAUGCUGACUACAAAUAUAUUGCCAUGCUGUUUCAAGAUCAGCCUUUCAUGUUUGAGCAUGUAAAAUGGUCCGAGUUUGGCUUUGAGGGGCGUAACGGGAGAGAGAGCACCUUAUGGAUCGGCACAGAGGGAGCCAACACGCCAUGCCACCUGGACUCUUACGGCUGUAACCUUGUACUGCAGGUACAAGGACGGAAGCGCUGGCACCUCUUUCCCCCGGAGGAUACAGCUAAGCUUUAUCCAACUAGAAUCCCCUACGAAGAGUCAAGCGUCUUCAGUCAGGUGGCUGUUCUUCAUCCUGACCUGAGGAGAUUCCCUGGCUUCCACGGUGCCAGUGAACACAUCGUCACUCUACAGCCAGGACAGGUGCUCUAUGUCCCCAGGCACUGGUGGCAUUAUGUAGACUCAGUGGAUCCUAUCACCGUCAGUGUCAACUCCUGGAUUGAGCUGGAAGUGGAUGACAUUGCCAGAGUUGGUGAGGCUGUGACUAAGACGGUCGUCUGUGCCAUUAAAAGUGCUCGAAGUGAUGACAACGCUGACAACUGGCUCAACCCCACUGAGGAAGAAGUAACAUCCCAUAAUGAAAAUAUGCAGUAUCUGAACCUGGCGAUGAGAGCUUGGGCUCAGAAACAAAGGAGUUCCUGCCACAGCAAACUGAGCCCAGAGUUGCGAGACACCUGUCGAGUCAAGCGGGACUCGGGUGGGCAAAUCAAGAAAAAUAGUGAUCGGGUUAGGAAUUGUGCACCCUUCAGUAUUCCCUACGGACCACAUCUCAUCUCUGUACGCUGUCAGCAAGAACUGAGGAGGAUGACCCCCGAAGAUGUAGAGGUCAACUCUUCCAGCAACGGUGCAGUCAGAUCUCAAGAGGACUGCGCUGUCAGCUCAGAUCCAGCACAGACAACCAAGUUUGCAGCUGCUGUCAGACUCGAUCAGAGAACACAUGAAUGUAACGCUGGUUCAACUCGGUGUAGAGAAUGUGACUGUGCAGAUGGGACAUCAAAGAACUUGUCAGAGGAUUAUAAGGCAUCAACGCAUACAACAAUAACCACUAACGACUUGUUAGACUGCCUGGUGCAUCCAGACAUCAUCACCCGUGUCACUGAGCUGCUUCUAGAAAAGCAUACAGGAAGUGAUACGACCACCUGAUCAUCCUAGUUUUGAUAUUCACUUAUCAGGUGCAACAUGAACAUGAACAUUUUUUUUUUUUUUACCUUGAAAUUGGCUCUCCAAGCUACGAGUCAUGUUUUGGCAUCAUUAAGUAAGAUACCUUACUUUUAUUUCUUCUCUCAUUUGUCACUCUGGAUCCUCUUGGCAUGAACCUCAGAUGCAGGAAAUCACAGCCAAAAGUCAUUCUAGUGCUGCAAGUGACAGUCUAACAUAUCCUUGUUUUGUUUUCCUGCACAUGCUAAUCCUUUUUGGUUCUUCCAAACUAGGAAAAAUGGCCACUGGAAUCAAUUUAGUAUGCUAAACAACCAAAUAAUUCAAGAUAAUAUUCCAGGGAAACAAACAUUGUGAAACAUUGUUUUCUGCACAAUGUCAGUUAGUAAGGGGGGGAAUCAUCAUUGACCAGCCACAAAGGACUCCUUGUAAUAGUUUUGUGAUUGAUGAAAGCUGUGUAAGAAGUGAUAAAUGAAAUGUUUGAAUAGUCUGCUGUAUGUGUGCGGAUA